GCGCAGGAGAAAGCCGGGCAGCAGCGGGGCAGCUUCGUGGUGCUCUCGUCGGGGAACCACUCCGGCCUGGCAGAGCAGCCCGAGCCCUCCGAGCCGCCCCCCACGCCGGACUUCUGCAGGGGCUACUUCGACGUGAUGGGGCAGUGGGACCCCCCCUUCAACUGCAGCUCGGGGGAGUUCAUCUUCUGCUGCGGCACUUGUGGCUUCAGGUUUUGCUGCAAGUUCAAGAAGACGAGGCUGGAUCAAAGCACCUGCACGAACUAUGAGACGCCGCUGUGGAUGAACACGGGGAAGCCGCCCUCCCGCAUCGACGACCCUCUGCACGACCCCACCAGGGAUAAAACCAACCUCAUCGUGUACAUCAUCUGCGGGGUCGUGGCAGUCAUGGUGCUGGUGGGGAUCUUCACCAAGCUAGGGCUGGAGAAGGCGCACAGACCCCAGCGGGAGCACAUGUCCAGAGCUCUUGCUGAUGUAAUGCGACCUCAAGGUCCUUGUACAACAGAUCAUAUGGAAAGAGAUCUAAACAUUGUAGUACAUGUGCAACAUUAUGAAAACAUGGAGACAAGACCUCCUCCAAAUAAUUUACAUCCACCACAGAUGAAAAAUGUCAUAGCAACAGCUAUGCUCGCUCUUUCAGAUAGAAUUAUAAGGUAUAUACCCAAAUCUCAAAAUCUUACCUUCUGCACUAUAGCAAUUCUGAUUCUGUAA